GCUAGCUUAUCCUCGACCACUCUUGUCGUUCUCGUGCGAUUAGGUAGACCAUGGCCGCAGAAGACGACAUGACUGAUCCAAUCCUCCAGAAAGACCUCAAGUUCUCCCAUCCCGCUUCGCAGAUCAAGGCUGUCAACGUCGAUGCUCCACCUCAGCGCAUAUAUGAUGAUAUGAAGAAGUACGAAGAUGCUGCCCGAGGAUACAGCUUCUUUGGGUUUGAACGAACGGUGAAAGAUAAGCACGGCACCGAGGUACCAGGAGGUGUCUUCGUCAAGCACAGACCCGUAGAUGCUCAGGUGGAUCAAGUGUACCGCAUGUCAACGGACCCUGAACGCACAGACCUUGAGCGUCUCACUCACUUCGAGACGCGUGCUGGGCGCAAUAUUGCGCUGUUUCGUUCCAUCAUUGGCGAGGACUGGCGAGGGGUGUGGAGAGGAGGGGGUGCGAUCUUGGAGAUGGAUUUUGAUGGGAAUGAGCAGUUUCAGCUUUGGCGUUACUGGGAAGAUGAGUUCUCUGAGACAACAUUGCCCAAGAUUGAAGGAGAGAUCGAGAACUAUCCCGGAAAGGGGCGUCUGGAGAGGAUAACGCACGAUGAGUUCAAGUACUUCUCGACGGUCAUCUCCCGUUCAAACAAAUACAUGCUCUUCACAUGCAACAAAGAGAAUAAGCGGGACAUGCUCGUCUACAUGACCAGGUUAUCCGAUUCAAAUACCGGUGCUGAAGCCAACUCAAGACCAUUUACCCUCGAGGCUAGGCAGAUCGUCAAGUCAACGAGCGAAGGUACAGCGCGUUGGCACGCCUACGGCUUCUCCCUCGACGACAAGUACAUCCUCCUCGCGCGCAUGAAUAGCAGCGCAGAUAAGCCCCUUUAUAUCGUCGAUAUCUCCGGCGAUGAACCUACUUUGCCCGAACUCAUAACCCUUCCUGGCUCACAACCCGGCGCGAGCGCCGUAAUUGGCCCCGCAUUCUCGUUUGAUCCUGAAAAACCUCACGUCGUGUACCUCAUCUCGAACGCGUUCGGCGACUUCGACUCCGUGGUAUCGUACGAUAUCGCGACGAAGAGCGUGACGCACAUCACGACGUCUGAGAAGGGCUUAAGCGCGCUCCGCCCGAUCCCGUGGGAGGCCGAUAUGAUCCACACCACGCAGAAGGCGGUCUUGUUCACGGUCAACUUUGAGGGAUGGAACAAGAUGUACGCUCUCCCUCUCGUAGGGCCACACCAGGGCGAGGUCGUCGAGCUGAGGCUGGGCUGGGAGCAGGGAUGGAUCGCGUUUGGCCCCAACUCGCUGAACAAUAAGCCAGGCGAGGUCGUCCUCCAUCUGGCGUCUUACCGGUCCAAGCCUUUCCUGGUACGCAUCGACAUCGACGAUGUGCUGGAGAAUGGCGUGCGCGCUGACCCAGAGGACGGAGAGAACAAGUAUGCGGAGCCCAGGAUGAGGCCAUACAGCCAGGCUGCACCGCCCGUGGACGAGACCGCGGUUCCGCCGAAGCUGCUCAAACUCAAGAGUUUCGACGGGCUGGAGAUCCCAUGCAUGUAUUAUCGUCCCAAGGGUGUAACGUCUGCUGUCCCAGUCGUCAUCUCGAUUCAUGGAGGUCCUGAAUCUCAGUCCACGUCGCAAUCUCGGACGGCAACGCACGGAUAUCUGAUCAACGACCUUAAAUGCGCGGUCAUAUACCCCAAUGUUCGCGGCAGCUCAGGUUAUGGCAAGAAAUACAUGGCCGCUGAUGAUGUGGAGAAGCGAGAGGAUUCUGUCAAGGACAUUGGGGCGCUAUUGGACCAUAUCCAUCAUAAGAUGCAGAACGAGCUAGACUCGUCCAGAAUUGCAGUCAUGGGCGGUUCUUAUGGUGGAUACAUGGUUUUCGCUACCCUGACACAUUACUCCUCCUGCCUCACCUGCGGCAUCGCCCACUUUGGAAUAACACAUUGGCCCUCUUUUUUGCAAAACACCGCCCCUGUACGGCGUGCGCACCGCCGUGCUGAGUACGGCGACGAGACCAACCCCGAGAUCCGCACGUUUCUCGAGCGUAUCUCACCGAUCAACAACGCGGAUAAGAUUAGUGUGCCGAUGCUGAUCACGCACGGAGAGACGGACACACGGGUGACGAUCCACGAGGCGUUCCAGAUGUAUGGGGUUGUGUCGAAAAAGGUGCAUACAGAGUUAGUUGUUUGUGAGAAGGAGGGACACGGAUAUAAGCAGAAGAGUGUCAUUGAGUUCGUAAACGCGGCUGUCGUGCAGUUUGUCGAGCGUCAUCUCUUAUCGCGAAAGACAAACCUCUAGUAUCGGAAGCUCGACUUCGUGGGGAGACUUGUAAGAAUACGUGUACAAUAUUGAGAUCAACAUUCGUUGAUGAUUAUAUCUUAUCUCACUGCCUUUCUCGCGAUCUCCGGGAGAAAUGCAUGUGUUCCUGCAGGACAUCCUCGCCAAGUCCCUAUUCCUGAAUUCGUACCCUUCAGAGAAAUCCCGCCAGGUUCUCAGUGGACUCUGUUCUCGGACGAUCGAGGUGGUCAUUGGACCUCAUGUAUCAUCAAGUAUUCCAGCUAAAACAUAAAGGCGCUCAAGGAUUCUCAGCCAUAAUGGUUAUCUGCCGAAGUCUUCCCGUCUCAGUUCUCUUCGUCGCAUACCUUGAGAGUCCAGGCUAGUUAUACCCUCGGUGCGCGGAAUAAGCCUCGAUCGAUCAGCUUCUCCGGAGUCCCGAGGUACCUCGUGACCCUCAUAAUUAGCCAUGUGAACAAUUC